CACAGGGUCUGUCUCAUUUACACCCGGAAGACUCGGGGAGUACCGCAUCAGACUCUCCCCUCGUAUCCCGCCUAAGCCGUCGUCGAUAGCUUUUCUUCUCCCGCCAUUCCAGAGACAUUGCAGUGCUCCUUCCCAUCUCUUCAGCACUUGACUGCCGCCAAGCGUGCGGCCCGCAGACCGAUCACGCGGGUACCUCGCCAGCAGCCGAUCCGCAACUCGAUCGCUUCGUUUCGUCUUCACUCUCCCCGCCCCUGACCACCACAAGCUUUGAAGACUGCCUCUUCGACCGCUUCCCACCUUUCUGCAACGACACAAGCACGCCGACUCGAGUCAACAAUGCCUCAUAGGAACCCGCUCCAACCAGUGGCUCUGAUAAAGCCAUCGUCUCAGCUCCCGAGCUCAUCGCAAGCCUGUGCUCAGCAGACUCAGUCCGAAUCCAGCACCACGACGUUCCUUCAUAUGCCUCAUCGCCUCGCCAACGAUCACACUACCAAUCAGAACCUGUCUUACUACAACGGCUCCAGACGACAACGUCGGCCCGUCUCCGACACCACUGUCCGACAUUCGGCUCAGCAGAGUAGAUCAGCUUCCCGCUCACAUUCGAACACCAUCCUGCACCAGCAUUCAGCCUCCUCAGCGAGAAGAUCUCGCCAGCCCAUUGCCUGCGAUCCAUGUCGAGCAUCCAAGCGCAAGUGCUCCGGUGGCCAGCCCUGCAUUAGCUGCCUAAAGCGCGGAGGCAAGGUCGAGUGCUACUAUGACAAGGCUGCCGAACUCAAGCUAGUCGCCCGGCAGAAAACUCUAGCAAUGACUUCCAGGGCCCAGCGGGAGGCAACGACGUCCAGGAAGAGAGGCGACGCAAAUAUUGCUCAAGCUACGAAGACAAUGGACAGGCGAUCUGUCAGUACGAGGACCAAUCAAAACCCCACCCGGAAGGCACCUGCAGACGUGGACUUCCAAGCUCAUUCCGGUCACGACAAUCGCUGCGAUGAACAUGGCAUGCACGAUGUAGACGAGAGCGAGGCAGACGAUGCAUACAUGGAAACGGUCCCGACUCGCCCGACGUACCUCAAUGUGGGCCACAGCUGGACACCACCGGGUAGUCAUUCUGUUGAUCGUCAAAUGAGACAAGAGCGUCACGGUAUGGAGCUCCUCGAGCCACCAGUCACGCCAAAAUCAGACAGGCAUCGACCCUUUGACCCUACUCGACUGAGCACCGCCAGCAGUCAGCAGAGCUCUAUCGAGAGGCAUGGAAUGUCCUCACCUACGACCCCGUCUCAACAGGCUGGGUCGCCAAGCCAAUCCUCAGCUUUCUCCGGCAUAAGCUCGCAGCGCUCAGAAGUGGGCGGAUACCAAGACAGCGAUUGCCACAGGCUAUUCGGAGAAGCAGUGCCAUCCAAACCUUCUGAGGGAUGUGCGAAUAGUCUCUUGCCACGACACCUACCACGACUACAAGCGAGUUGGGCAAUGGGUCGCGGCCAUGCUUCCUCUGCAUUCCUUCUCGGUGGAGCUCCUCAGCUGCCCAGGCCGCUCCGUCCACUAGGCAGCUCGAACACUAUCGGCUUCUCCUGCAUCGGCAGGCCUGCCUUCUCCAAGCCGAUAAGACUCUCAACGGUCGAACCCGCUCUCGAGAACCCAGCCAUGACAAUUGAGGGACUUGUUGGUGACGGAGCUUUCCUUCCGUCGGCGAGGGAGGGCAAUGUCCCUGCCUGGAUCAAGCCCUAUCCCUACCCGCGACCAGGCAUGGACCCAAGAGCAGGCUACUCAUUCGCCCAGACCGCCAUUGGCCAUCAAGUACGUGGCGGGGUGGUAGGGCUCGACGUCUCGUCAGGUCAGACCCUUGCGCCAAUGAUCCGGCCACCCUAUGCGCCGACGAGCCAGCAUCGCAGCACCACGUCAGCUACUUCCUCUCCAGCUGGACUCCAGACUCGGCGCUUCGCUCCUAGGCACACUGACUCGCGACUGGCGCUGCCCCCUCUAGUGCCUCGUGAUCUGGCACCAUCGCUUUUCGGCCUCUCUUCCUCCUCGUGAACGCUGAUGCGGCCAGAGGUCACCUCUCUUGGGGCGCAACAGCAGCUUUAUAGGGGAGUUUGCUGAGCAGAUGUCAUUUCUGAACAAUCAGCAUAUACCUUCAGGCUGUCCCAC